AUGUCGAAUCUCGGCACAAAGAUACACGAGAAAAUGAGUAAUAGGGAUACCUUCACUCUUUUCCCCAAGCUUCCCCCGCAGCUUCGACGGUAUGUAUGGAUCCAGGCAUUGCCGAGCGACCUCAAGACAGCACCAACUUUUCUGUUUCCGUAUAAGAAGGGCUGCUGGCAUCAUGAGCGUGUCAUAGAAUUUGAUGACAACGACAAUCACGAUCAUCGCCACCGCCCCGUCCGCAGGUAUGAGUUCCGCACCGAACUUCUCGGUACGGCCCAGUUCAAGACCAGCAUCGCAUUAAUCAACCGUGAGUCCCGAGAGGUUGCGCAGACUUGGGUUCGACAACAGAGGGUUCCGCAAGCAGCAGCAUGGGGUACGGCCUCCACAGCGAUCUUCCAUGCUUUUGACCCCAACCACGAUGCCCUGUUCGUACCUCUGAUUCAGUGGGACGAGCUUCUCGAAGAGUUGUACGAAGGAUUUGCCAAUACGCUGAGGGGCUGGGGGCACCUUGCUCAUAGUGCCAACUCAAAGGUUAAGUACUUGGCUGUGACAGAUGACUUGCUACUUUGUGAGUUUGAUAACGUCCGUUGGCUGCGGGAUAUUCUCCGCCCUUUCCCCAAGGUAGAAGCUUUAUUGGUUGUUGCCGGCCCCAUAGACUACAGUGGCGAAGCAAAGCCGCCACAAUACUAUGACUUCAGCCAGGCACCAGAACUAUGUAAGUACAAAUGGAACAACGGAUGUUGGGGGCUGGGCCGUGGGAGCGGACAUGAAAACGGCGAGAUACAAGAUGGGUCUAUCAAGCCCUUACUUGAACACAUCAAGAAUGCUUUUGACCUACACCCCCGCGUCGAACCGUUUAUCGAGGUUUGGAGUGUCGUCGCCCAAAAUAUCCUCUAA